AUGACGCCCAGGGGUCGUCCACCUCCCCAAUCAUGCCCUGCCAGCAUCGAUUUGAGCCGCGAGAAUGACCCUAAGACUAUCUUAUGCAAAGAGAUUAAAGAGAUGGUUGGAGAGUGGCCUUGGCUUUGGUUAAGUGCAGCGGCACCUACUAUCAUGGAUCUUUCGUGGCUCCAAAGUCUCAACCUCCUUCUCGGCCGAGCCGUCAUCGUCAUGAACCAGGCAAAUGACUUACCAGCUAAUAUGCUGAAAGAAAUCAAAUACACUCUCUUGUGUCUUGCCAGUCGACGCGAACGCUCUGGAGGAAAAGGCGUGGUAACCAACGAGCACCUCACUAAGACAAUCCACUACUUCGACAUUCGUAAUCUUAUUCACGAUGUGAACCAGCUCGAGUCAGAUGAACUAAGCAAUACUCCGAAUGGCUUCACCCGCCAGUGGAUGGUUGAUGAGAGCAAUGAUGAUGAGUCUGACGCUACUCCACCAUCGUCCGCGCAUCAACAUGAGGCGAGCCCGUCGACAAAAAAGCGCAAGGCCUCAGAUGAUCCAGCCUCUGCGUCUCAGAUUGGAAAGGCAUGAAAGCUAUCUUGAUUCAACCGAGAUCGGGUAAACAGCCUUUGAAGGGCCAGCAUGUCAACAAGAUAUGUCCUCUCAGACCAGAAGCGAGGCGGAGUGCUAUCGGGUGGCCAAGGGCAAAAGGACAUGAUUCGACACCGGCGGGUCUAUAAGGCGGCUGGUAUCUUUGGUUCCGGGUUCGAGCUUGUCGCUGGACAUUUUGGCAAGGUCUAGCUAUUAAUGCACCAAGACCAUCGUCACUUACUCAGUCCCAAAUUUCGAAAUUCUAAUACACUACUGGUCUCAUGCCA